GUCACGCGUGACGUUACCCGUGAUGGAUGUGAAGGCGGGGCGGGGUCGGGGGGAAGCGCGGAGAGGAAGGCGAGUUUGAGAGCUGCAGAACCGCGGAGCGCAGGAGCCUAGGAAAGCAAAAUGGGUGAGUUGCCUUUAGAUAUCAAUAUCCAGGAACCUCGCUGGGACCAAAGCACUUUCCUAGGCAGAGCCCGGCACUUCUUCACCGUGACGGACCCCCGAAAUCUGCUGUUGUCUGGGGCACAGCUGGAAGCUUCCCGGAACAUCGUGCAGAACUACAGGGCUGGCAUGAUAAUGCCAGGGCUCACCGAGGACCAGCUGUGGAGGGCCAAGUACGUGUACGACUCUGCCUUCCAUCCAGACACAGGAGAAAAGGUGGUCCUGAUUGGCCGCAUGUCAGCGCAGGUGCCCAUGAACAUGACCAUCACCGGCUGCAUGCUCAUCUUCUACAGGCAGACCCCAACCGUGGUGUUCUGGCAGUGGCUGAAUCAGUCCUUCAACGCCGUCGUGAACUACUCCAACCGCAGCGGUGACGCUCCCAUCACUGUAGGGCAGCUGGGAACGGCGUACGUGAGUGCCACCACCGGGGCUGUGGCCACGGCCCUGGGACUCAAAUCCCUGACCAAGCAUCUUCCCCCACUGGUUGGCAGAUUUGUGCCCUUUGCAGCUGUUGCAGCUGCCAACUGCAUCAACAUCCCCCUGAUGAGGCAAAGGGAGCUGCAGGUGGGCAUCCCAGUGACCAAUGAACAGGGUCAGAGGCUUGGCUAUUCUGUGGCUGCAGCCAAGCAAGGAAUCUUCCAGGUGGUGAUAUCAAGAAUCUGCAUGGCGAUUCCUGCCAUGGCUAUUCCCCCGGUGAUCAUGGACACCCUGGAGAAAAAAGACUUCCUGAAGCGCCGCCCCUGGCUGGGGGCCCCACUGCAGAUGGGCCUGGUGGGCUUCUGCCUGGUAUUUGCCACUCCCCUAUGCUGUGCCCUGUUCCCCCAGAGAAGCUCCAUACACGUGAACAGGCUGGAGCCGGAGCUGAGAGCUCAGAUUCAGGAGCAAAACCCCAACAUCGAAGUGGUUUACUACAACAAGGGGCUCUGAGGCAGGUCAGCCCCUGGCCUCCUUCCUCGCCUCCUUGGGCUGCUGCUUAGUGGAGCCUUGCCGUCCUUGCUGCUUUCUAUCUGCCUGGUGCUGGGCAGAGGGCUUGGUGGGGGUGCAGCCAUUGAGACCAGAGAUCCAUUCGGCUGAGAGGUACCCCCAUAAGCCUUUUCCUCUCCUCUGAUUUCAAAAGGCAGGGUCACAUAAUCCCUUUCUCCUGUGCUAGUACAUCUGUGUAUGUACAUAAGUGAUAACGUGUGUGUGUACAGGCUGUCCUGGGAUGUCCUCAUGUCUGGCUUCCCUUCUUGGCUAUCUGCCAGCCAGGGUACAGGGCUUUCUUGCCUAAACAGUUUCACCAGCCAGGUCAUUUCUGAUGGGACCUUGCCCCUUCUGGACAUAGGAGCCCUAGGAUCUCACGACAGAGAUUGAAGGACAUUUAGCAGGCCAAACUGGGCUGAAUCCUUCAGAUUUCUGCUUUCUGGCUCCCAAAGCUGACUCGAGAUCUGAGCUGGCGGAGGAGGACAUGUGGGGAUAAGGGAGGCAGGGGGCUUGUACCAUCCCCCACAUCCUGGAAUGGGUCAUUUCCUCUCCUCUUCUCUACAGAACAAAGGAGUCUCAGCAUCCUGUACUGCUCUUGCCGGCUUCCCAUAGUGCUCUUUAACUCCCUGCCUCCCACUACAAUAAGGCCAUCUUAGGGCACAAUCCCAGGAGUUCUUGGUCCACUCUGAUAUCAUAACCUCAAAGCUAAACUCGCAAUCCCAGCACCCUCUCACAACCAAAAAGCCAUGAAGGCAUGGCAAGCAUUCCUUUUUAAGAGCCCCCACAGCACCCUCUGACAGAGGGAGGCAGCUGUGGGAAUGGUGCUUACACUCCACAGGUGUCUAACUGGCUGUAAGACACCUCAGGGCGACGAAGCCUGAGUGUAUCAUCUUAAGACGGGAUUUUGUGUUCCGCUGAUCUUGUUAGACAUUCCGCAGCAUCCUGAUCCUAGUUCCUUCUCUUUCUUGAGGGUUGGUUCUGCUCCCACCCCCACCCCCACCUCCAAGAGGCAGACGGGCCCAGGUGUCAAUGGCUGGUCCAAAGGGGAGGUGGGCUUGGGGAUGGAAUAUGUGCUGGUGAAUUCACAGAGUGAAGAGUUGGACCUUGCCUCCAACUCCUGUGACCUCUGGCUGAAGUGGGGUGAAGGCCCCAGUGAGAUCCUCUAAGAGCACCUUCCUGCUUCCCGCAACC